AUGACGAAGAGCGAUUACUCUUCCGAGCUUGAAGAGAUCUCGUUCACAUUCGACCCUGAUCGUAGGAUUCCCCUGGAUCUUCACUUCCCAUCCCAUCAGCCGGUCCCAUCCAACCCCGAGUUUCUCAACGCAGCAGGAGAGACUGCUUACGCGUCGCCGUCAAGACCAGUGACAGAUAGGAGCCUGAGGGAAAAUUGCCGUCCUAUCGGGCUUGCUCUCACGGCAUGGAUCACAAGCCUCAUAUUCACCGUCGUGUACUCGCUAUUCAUCUACCACGUUCUCUUCGAGGGCAAUCCCGUUAUCGGCUCAUGGACCUUCGAUGCUUCUCUCACCAACCUACUCUUGUCACUACUCUCCCAACUAUACGCCAUGCUCUUUGAAGACUAUUUCAUCAAGCAAGGCGUAUCGAUCGACGUAUAUGCUGGCAAUAUUCCUCCUGAUGUGUCAAUCUUGGGUCUCAUCUCGACAGCUUAUCUCGACGGCUUCUUCGAUACAUGGACACAGCAACUGCUGAAUUACCCACGAUAUGCAACAACUUGGAAGAUGAAAGGCUGCACUGAAGACUGUUCGGUCUCUUUUCUGCCAGGUGGCAUGGAAAUCGCUCGCAAAGUGGGACCCCUCCUUAACAGCACCAUCCUCAAAGGUGGUCUGUUCAACAAUACAGAGUCGAUCAUGAUUCAGGGUGCUCCUGGGAUGGUGGCCAGGUUCGAGCCUGUAGCUGACGGGUUCAAAUUUGAUAUUGAGGAGGACUGCAACGUCUACCAGACGCCGUUGGGAGAUGCAUUGCAGAUGUGCUGGCGGGCUUGUCCGAGCUUCUUCCAGUUCACAAGGGCCUGCGCAGCGCAACUAUCAUGGACUCGAACGCCGCUAGUGUCAAAAACGCUCUUUACUGCUUAUCGGCAGAACGCAACGACAACCUACAGCCAGAAGGAUCUGUCAAUUCAGCACGCAGAGCCCAUUUCUGACCCUGUCCGAGUCAAGAUGUCAGUGCCUGACAUGGACCUCAUCUGGAACAGAAUCUUCGUACCGAGACCCCUUUCGAGUCAGCUUGACCUUGAGUCAAUCAACAUUACAAUUGCAAGAAUGGCAUGGAAGUAUCGUACCUAUACUGAGUUCUUCCCGGACAACGAGAUGCACGUCGAGCUGCUUCAGAACUUUCUCUCGGUUCCAUUGCAGUUUGCCAUAACAGCUAUGCAGUACGCAAACUAA